GCACAACGCCAUAAAAACUAGUAGCUGGGAUGUUAAAGUCUGCUCAGUCAGCCCGGUAGUUUAGAUGCACCUGAAAUAUAAACAGACCUUUUAACAAUAUUUAAAUAUAGUUCUUUUGUAUCAUAAACUCAUAAUGUCUUGGGUUAAAGCUGUUUCGUUCAGUGGAGAAGAUGUUUUCGACGAGAAUGCGGACGACAUCAACCUGCUGAGUCGAGAGUGGACGUCCAACAUGAAGAAGCGAGUCCGGGACGGGUAUGUGGACGGAGUGGACGCCGGGGAGGAGGCCUCUCUUCAGGCCGGGUUCAACCUCGGAUUCCGGGAAGGAGCAGCUCAGACUGCCGCUGUGGGUCGGCUCAAAGGCAUUGUAAGCGCUGUAUGGUGCUGGUGCCAGAUUCAACAUCCGGAAAGCGCAGUCCCGGCCUCUGUGACCGACCUCCUGCAGCGGGUUUCACAGCACGAAGACGCAGUCCUGGACGCCAUCAGGAAGACGUUGGAGAAUCCUCCUCCCAGCGUGAGCUCCGUCUCCGAGAGCAUCGAGGACCUGGAGGUGAAGCAGGCGGAUUCAGGCUGCUGUGGGGAGGGAUGUAGAGAAACAGACUGCUGCAGGGGAGGAGACAAAAUGGACCUGGACAGUUCUCAGCAGCAGCAAAAGCCCUGUUCUGGGUCCACUGACUGCUCCUACGGCUUAAGCGAAAGUCUAAACUACCUCCUGCAGCGCUGCGUGGGUCUCGUGUCGGAGCUCGAACUCCCGCAGGAGCUCAUCAGUCAUAUACAGGAGCUGAAGAACAUGUAGUGGUUGAACAUCAGGGAACAGAAUCACAGCGGUUUUGGGACAAUAGGAGGACACGCACACCAACUGUGAAACAAACUGGUUUUAGUGUAAACUCCUUACACACGGUUAUGAAGUAUAUUUGAUGUAAAUAGUGUAUAAUAUUUAAUUUUGCAUCCUGAAUUUGUAUCAAAUGGUUGAAGAAUAUUUGAAAAUAAAAAUGGAUCUAUUUUCUUGCCCUCUAAAUGAAAACA